CAUAACCUAUCCUUCCUUGUGUUUGUCUCUGUUCGCCACUCUCUCGUCCAGUGACAAUCCAGGAGGGGGUCCCCUCUCAUCCAUUCGACUCGCAUAUCGACGUCCACGUCCACACGUCCUUUCGAGCCGCAUUGCUGGCGAUGUGAGAUGCAAGAGACUGAUCUCUUUCCCAAAAGCAAAGUGACCAGUUGCAAAUUCGACCGAAUCAUAUUGUGAGAGGCAGGAAAUGGAUCGCCGGCCGCCGUAAAACUCCCAUAUUUAUCAUACUUCUACUAUCUUUCUAGUCGUUCGCUAUCAACCCUGAAAAUUAUCAUUUCGUAAAUCGCGCCUUUCCAGCUCCAGCUUUCCGAGAGACAUCAUGGGUCUCUUCAGGCCUUCCACCAACCUCGGCCGACCGAAAACCGCCCAGCCUGAUCCGAGUUCACUCCGUGGUAGAAUUAGUGGCCCUAUGCCGAUGGACGACGAGUUUCCCAUUAGACAGCCUGGCCAUGGGAUAGCUCAUGAAGGCAAACCAGAACAAACCGAGUCCCGCACCGAGGACCAGCCCGCCUCUAUAGCUGAGAACAUACCUUCCGAGGUAGUACAGGCGGAUAAUAUAGAUUCUGUGACCCCUUCCGGGCCGAGCCAAGCUUCUCAUUCUUCUGCGAGUCCGCGGCAGCAAAGAACUGCCCGUCCUACCACCCUAAGAUAUUCUACCGUCAGCGACGGCACAGACGUAGAUCGACCUCAACGGAAGAGAUCGACGCUGAAAUCUACGCUAGGUAGGCUCUUCAAGCGAAAAAAGAAGAGUCUAGGCGGUGCUUCUAUUUCGGAGGGUCGGUAUACAGGAUCGGGCGAAGAGGAUGCAUCAGCUUCACACCAAGUUCACAAGGAGACUGAGUCUAAACGGUCGGUCUCGCUGCCAGUUACUGAUUACGAUAGAGCGCUAAGAUCGCAUUCGAUUGGUCCCGAUGACAUGAUGGCGAUCACUAGCGCUCGCAGCUCAUUGCAAGCGGAUCCCGCGCUAAUUCGAAGGAGAGCUGCGUCGUCUAACAGGAUCUUAAGCGGAAGAAUCAAGGACUUUGAUGGAGAGAUUAUAGGUCUUUCUCCUAGGCCGGCUAGUACUCAUGGGCGUGGUGGUAAUCUAUCGAGGCAGGAAGAUCCCGAGGACAUCGGUCGCGCUAUUACUAGUGAUAGUCGCACGCAUCGUCGGAGAUCGAGGAGUUUGUCGCAGCUUACUGAUGUUGCGAUCAGUCACACGAAUGUCCGAAAGCGUAGCGAUGAGAUUCGUUAUUGGAGGGAGAGUUUUAACCAACCUAUUUUAUCACCUAAUGCGUCGACUGUCAAUAACGAUGACCAUGCCAUCGUGGGUACGGAUGCGGGAACACAGCCGGAAUCCCCAGCAGAACCGCCCGAGCAGCUUCCGCCGAAGACGCCGCCACAGCCCUUCAAUUUCGGCCCAAUGGUCGGAAUGAAGAUUACACAAGCGGCUAGCCUGGAAGAUCGCAUAGCUGCUCUAGAAGUCCACAAUCAAAAACUAGAGAAGCUAAUAUCUCAGCUGUUCCAGGUUGUGCCAGGUGUCAACAAUUACGUGCCUGACACCCCUGACCAAGCACAGCCUCGAGGAUCCGUAGCUCAGUCAGUGAUUUAUCCGCCGCCUUCGCGCGCGGCGGUGGCUGAAACGUCUGGGUAUCAGUCAUCUUCGCAGGAUGUUGAACACACAUCGAGAUACAGCGUCUCCCAGCAGUCGAAUGAGUCGUUCGGAGACGGGAACACAUUCAUUGGAUCAGUGCCCCCUUCGACGAGACAACCACCUGGAAGGCCCACAUCAAAUUCGACAAUUCGUGGUGCGACGAGCCUGCCUGCACUACUAGGGGAGAAUGCGGGAGCUCUUGCUACGGAUCAGUAUACAACACUCAAAGCCCUCGUCGAUACUGAACGAGACGCGCGGCAGGCGUUAGAAGCUCGCGUGACCAGGCUAAGUCACCGACUCAAUCUCAUAUGUCGGACUUCACCUAAGCUCGAAACUGCGUCUACCACUUAUUCCACCGUCUCUGCCUUUGAACAUGACGAUGACGAGCCCUUGAGUGCUGGUGCUGACACCGAGUCGGAGGCAUUCAAAACUCCACAGGAGGAAGGCCACGGUUUCGGCGCUUUCGGCGAAGAGCUACGGGAUGAAGAAGUAGAUGGCUCAAGAAAGAAGGCGGCGAGGACGCUUUCCCUCAGCCAGUUGACUUUAAAAAGGCCUGUGCGGUCUCAACAAGAGAGCAGUGUAGACUUAUGACUACACGGACUCUGAGAUAUGCUAGCUAAUGCACUUAGGGUUAAACCCAGGAGGUCAUUGCUUCCU